GGACGGAAAAGUGUAAACAAGACAUGAAAAGUAAACUAAUAGUAUUCUCCACGUGUUUGUUAUUUCCUUGCAUCUCAACAAGCUCUAUAAAUGCAAGCUCAGAGUCUAGAUAUCCGCAAUCAUACAGAAAUUCCCGACCAAAUCACUUCAAACUCGCAGGAGUAUAUUCACAUCUGACCGGUCAACACUACAUCUCCGACGACUGAUCAUGGCUAAUUCCGGUGACAACCCAUCUCUCUUCUCUCCAUACAAGAUGGGCAAGUUCAAUCUCUCUCACAGGGUGGUAUUGGCACCCAUGACGAGAUGCAGGGCUAUAAAUGGAAUUCCAAAUGAAGCACUGGUGGAGUACUACACUCAGAGAUCAACUCAAGGGGGACUACUUAUCACCGAGGGUACCAUGACUUCACCCUCUGCUGCUGGAUUUCCUCAUGUGCCUGGGAUAUACAAUAAGGAACAAGUGGAGGCCUGGAAAAAAGUAGUGGAUGCAGUACACAAGACGGGGGCUAUCAUAUUUUGCCAACUUUGGCAUGUUGGCAGAGCAUCUCAUCAAGUGUAUCAAGCUGACGGGGCAGCGCCAAUAUCCUCUACAUCAAAUCCGAUAUCAAACAGGUGGAAAAUACUAAUGCCAGAUGGAUCACACGCAAGUUAUCCAAAGCCACGUGCUCUGUCAAUCUAUGAGAUAGCAGAGGAGGUGGAACACUACCGGCAGGCUGCAACAAAUGCCAUAGAAGCAGGUUUUGAUGGAAUUGAAAUCCAUGGAGCACAUGGCUACCUCAUUGAUCAGUUCUUGAAGGAUGGCAUUAAUGACAGGACAGAUGAGUAUGGUGGAUCACUUGCAAACCGUUGCAAAUUUGUAAUGCAGGUAGUUAAGGCAGUUGUUUCAGCCAUUGGAAUAGACCGUGUGGCGCUCAGGAUUUCACCAGCAAUUGAUCACCUUGACGCCAAGGACUCGGAUCCACGUAGCCUUGGUCUGGCAGUGAUCGAGAGGCUUAACGAAUUCCAGAUAGAAUUGGGCUCUGAACUUGCUUACCUCCAUAUAACUCAGCCUAGGUACACAGCCUAUGGCCAGACAGAAUCAGGGAGGCAUGUUAGUGAACGUGAGGAAGCUGAAUUAAUCAGGACACUGAGAAGAGCUUAUAACGGAACUUUCAUCGGCAGUGGGGGAUAUACUCGUGCUCUAGGAAUGGAAGCUGUGGCUCAAGGCGAUGCUGAUUUAGUGUCAUACGGCAGAUUGUUUAUCUCCAAUCCAGACUUGGUUUUGAGACUGAAGAAUAAUGCACCACUAAAUAGGUAUGUGAGAGCUACUUUCUAUACUCAAGAUCCUGUUAAGGGAUAUACAGAUUACCCUUCUCUGGGCGAAGGAAGAAAUUACAGUGCCCCUAUUUCGCGCCUUUGAUUGUAUGUUUAUUUUACUAGCAUGAACCUCAUUGUUUUAAUUGUUGGGUACAUCGAGCAGCACACUUGUAAGAAAACUAUGAAACUUGGAUGCUCAUGAUUGAUCUGUAAUAAACUUUGGGUUUCUGAAAUUGAAUAGUUUCAUAUAGUGCA